AGUGUGUUUUUUGAGUGUGUUUGUUUGUGUGCGUGUGUGUGUGUGUUACAGCUGAACUUCUUCCGGUGCUGGUGUCCAGUACAUCCGCUCGCCGACACGCCGCUGUUGAAUGUGUUUCAUGCGGAUUGAGUGACUGAAGCGGGCGGAUGAUGAUGAUGGAGUAAACUUAACGAUGUGCGUGUCCUGUGCCGAGGUUUGGAAUAAACGCAUAGUGGACAGCAGCUAACACACGUAUGGCCUGCGAGUCGGCGAUACCUGCCAUCAUGGACGAGCAGGCCCUCAUGGGACUGAACCCCAACGCUGAUGCCCGCUACAGGCAGAGGGCGCUGGUAUAUUUUGAGCAGUUGAAGGAGUCUCUGGAUGGAUGGGAGGUUUGUGCUGAAGCUCUGGCUAAAGGUGUUUACAGUGACGAUCAUGUGAAGUUCUUCUGCUUUCAAGUCCUGGAACACCAGAUCAAGUUCAGACAUGGGUUGCUCACUGCAGCUCAACAGCAGCUGAUCAGAGAGACUCUGAUGAAAUGGCUUCAGGCUCAGUUAAUGAACGUGCAGCCCGAGAAGCCGUUCAUCAGGAAUAAAGCCGCACAUGUUUUGGCCCUGAUGUUUGUAACAGAGUAUCUGACGCUCUGGCCCAAAUUCUUCUUUGAUAUUCUCGCUCUGGUGGGGCUGAAUCCAAACGGUGUUGACGUAUACCUCAGGACGCUGAUGGCCAUCGAUGCCGAGGUGGUUGACAGAGACAUCCUGCACAGCCUUGAGGAGACUCGCAGAAACACACUGAUUAAAGACGCCAUGCGUGAGCAGUGCAUCCCGGCGCUGGUCGAGUCCUGGUUCCAGAUUCUGCAGACGUAUCAGCACACACACAGCGAGCUGACCUGUCAGUGUCUGGAGGUGGUGGGAGCGUACGUGUCCUGGAUCGACCUCAAUCUCAUCGCCAAUGACGGGUUUGUGAAUGUGUUGCUCAGUCACAUGUCUAUGGAGGAGCUGAGGGAGGAGGCGUGUGAUUGCCUGUUUGAGAUCGUCAAUAAGGGAAUGGACCCCGUGGAUAAAACCAAACUGGUGCAGUCUUUGUGUCAGGUGCUUCAAUCUGCAGGAUUCUUCAAUGUUGAGCAGGAGGAGGAUGUGGAUUUCCUGGCUAAGUUCUCUCGGCUGGUUAAUGGGAUGGGUCAGUCGUUGGUGCUGAGCUGGACCAAACUCAGUAAAACGGUGGAUGUGAAGGUUACCGAGGAAACACUGCGCGCUCUGGAGGCGAAAGUCCCCCUCAUGCUACAGCUGCUAAUUCAUGAGGAUGACGAUAUAUCAGCAAACAUAGUGGGCUUCUGUUACGACUACCUGCACGUGCUCAAACAGCUGCCAGCUCUCACUGACCAGCAGAAGAGUAAUGUGGAGGCGAUCAUGCUCGCUGUGAUGAACAAGCUCAAGUAUGAUGACGAGUAUAACUUUGAGAACGAGGGUGAAGAUGAGGCCAUGUUUGUUGAAUACAGGAAGCAGUUAAAGAUGUUGUUGGACCGAUUGGCUCAAGUUUCUCCUGAGCUUUUACUGGAGUCUGUGCACAGAGUCUUCAACAGCACUAUGCAGAACUGGCAGACGGUGCAGUUCAUGGAGGUGGAGAUGGCCAUCCGGCUGCUGUAUAUGUUGGGUGAAGCUCUGCCAGCGUCUCACGGGGCUCAUUUCUCUGGAGACGUGACUAAAGCCAGCACACUGCAGGCCAUGAUGAGAUCGCUCAUCUCCUGCGGCGUGAGCGAAUAUCAGCAUUCCUCCGUCACUCUGGAGUUCUUCGAAACCGUCGUCCGUUACGAUAAAUUCUUCCUCGUGGAGCCGCAGCACAUUCCCAAUGUCUUAAUGGCGUUUUUGGAUCAUCGUGGUCUGAGACACAGCAGUCCAAAGGUGCGCAGUCGAGUGGCUUACCUGUUCUCACGCUACAUCAAAACCUUGCAUAAACAGAUGAAUGCAUUCAUCGAGGACAUACUGAGCAGAAUACAGGACCUGUUGGAGCUUGCGCCCCCCGAGAACGGGUUUCCAGCGCUGUUGAGCAGUGACGAUCAGCUGUUCAUGUUUGAGACGGCCGGCAUGCUGAUCGUGAACGGAGAGUCUCCGGCCGAGCGUAAACAGGCUCUGAUGCGCAGUCUCCUCACACCGCUGAUGGAGGCGUUCCGCAUGCUGCUCGCAAAACUGCCACAGGAAGCCAAUGAAGCGAGACAGACGGUGCUGGCCGACUGUCUGAGUCACGCUGUGGGCUUUGCCAGUCGCACCAGUAAGGCGUUCAGUAAUAAGCAGACGGUGAGGCAGUGCGGCUGCUCCGAGGUGUAUCUGGACUGUUUGCAAACGUUUCUGCCUGCACUCGGCUGUCCCGUUCAGCGAGGGUCGCUGCGCAGUGCCGUGCGUUCCUUCCUGCACCGUAUGAUCAUCUGUCUGGAGGAAGAGGUGCUGCCCUUCAUCCCUGCGGCGUCACAGCACAUGCUGAAAGACUGUGAACCCAAAGAUAUGCAGGAGUUCAUCCCCCUCAUCAGUCAGAUCACAGCCAAGUUUAAGAACCAGGUGUCUCCGUUCCUGCAGGAAGUCUUCAUGCCGCUGGUGAUGGCCAUAUUUGAAGUGCUGUCUCGUCCAGCGGAGGAGAACGAUCAGACGGCAGCGUUGGAGAAGCAGAUGUUGAGAAGAAGCUACUUCAGUUUCAUUCAGACCAUCGCCAGCAGCGGCAUGAACGACGUCAUGGCCAGUCAGGGAGCUGAAAACAUAGAGCGUGUGCUGUUCACCAUCAUCCAGGGGGCAGUGGAUUUCCCGGACCCCAUCGCCCAGAAAACCUGCUUCAUCAUCCUCUCCAGACUAGUGGAGCUCUGGGGCACAAUCCUCCCGGAGCAACCUGGAGUUAAGUGCCUUACUCAAGGACACAAUGGUGGUGACUGUGGGGAUCAAACCAGCAACCUUCUGAUUACCAGUGGCAAAGACGGUCUGGUGGGAUUUCCUGAUUUCAUCUAUAAACACAUCAUCCCAGCAUGCUUCAUGGCCCCUCUAAAACUGACCUUUGACCUCUCAGAUGCUCAGACUGUCUUGACGCUAUCGGAGUGCACAAUCACACUGCAUACGAUUCAUCUCAAAAGAGGGCCGGAGUGUAUUCAGUUUCUUCAGGAGUAUCUGCCCUCGCUACAGGUGUCACCUGAGAUUACACAGGAACUCUGUCAAGUUCUCCAGCAGCCAGAGGUUAAAGUACUGAAGAACUACAUGAAGGCUUUCUUCCAGCAGGCCAAACUUUAAGAGCAUUUCAAAGCCACCAUAACGACAGAGCUUUAGCAUAGGAGCUACUUUUGCACUUAAAGAGAAACGUAACAACACCCAUCCGGUCUGCGGGACACGGACCCCAAACAGGAGUCACGUGGAGAUUGGUUGCUGGCACGUGACGGUGAGCACGCCCCCACACUGACCUUGGCCCGGAGUCGUGCUCUCGAUGAGGACUUAGCCGUCUGGACUGGUGAGAUUGUCUGCGAUUGGUCAAGACGGAGAGGCCAUGGCGUACUGUGGGUGGGGUUUGCGAGGGUGGGCGGGGCUUCAGUUGUGGACAGACUUCCAAAGUUUGGAAAUGAGAUGAUAUUAGAAUGAAUAAUGAAAUCAAGAAUCAUGGGAAUAAAAAAAAAAGAUGUGAUCCCAAAACAAAUUCCAUAAACAGAAAAUGACAUUCUUGGUCCAUCGUGAUAAACAAACCUUUGCUUAGACUUCCUGUGACCUGUAACGCAUCCGAAACGCUCCUCAACACCCAUGGCAGUUAUGCCAAAUAACACAGACAGACAUGACGUAGACUGAAACGUCUUUGUCAGAACUUGGUUUAUUUUUGAUAUGCUGAGACGUGUGUGCCCCCAACUCACUUCCUUUUGU